AUGGGUGACUCACAUCCGAGGAUCAGAUACCAGACGCUGCCGGGCAACGCCUCCUUUGAUCCGCUGAGCUCCAGCGAUGCGGAUGUCUCGGACUCCCUGGAGUACGACAUCAUCACGCCAGUGGGCAGCACAGAGGGCAACUUCAGCUACUUCCUGGUCUAUACCAAGUCCGUCCUUGUGGAGCAGAGCACACCAGUAGCUCUCAGCUUGGUUGAGGCCUCCGAGCUGUUCCGGGUGCUGGGCUUAACCUUCUCGGACUAUGACCUCGACGAGGAGGAGCUCGGCGGCACGCUGACCUGGUCGGCCCCACAGGUCAUGGGUGAGAUCGUCAGCUACCAGAUCUACUUGGGUUACCUGGAUGACCAGAACUUGACGCUGCACGAUAGCUUGUUGACGUCCGUGCCCAGCGACCAGCUGACGUUUGUCGUUCCGCCAGACACUGCAACCAACGGCACGAGCCACCUCUUCAUUCACAGCACCUCGGAGACCGUAGAGCACCGCACCCCGUCGGUGGUGGAGUUCUUCGACGCGGAGGCAAGCGUCACAGGCGUGAGGUUCACUGACCUGGACCUGGACGCAAACGAGCUGGGCGGCGACUUUUCAUGGACGCCCCCGAGGGUGCCAGACCGCGUGCAGGCAGAUGGUCAGGGGAUUUGCUGGGGGUAG